GACCCCGGCCCGGCCCCAGACCCCGACCCCCACCCCCCAGCGCCUACCCCGCGGCCGGCAGCACCAUGUGAAGGGCGGCCCGGCGCCCCGAGCGCGUGAAGAUGGGGGAUGCUGUGGACCCCCGGGACGGGAGGAGGACGUUCAUUGUUCCAGCCAUCAAGCCCUUCGACCACUACGACUUCUCCAGGGCCAAAAUCGCCUGCAAUCUGGCCUGGCUGGUGGCCAAGGCCUUCGGGACAGAAAAUGUGCCAGAGGAGCUUCGCGAGCCGUUUUACACAGAUCAGUACGACCAGGAGCACAUCAAGCCGCCGGUUGUUAACUUGCUUCUCUCGGCUGAACUGUACUGUCGCGCCGGGAGCCUCAUUCUCAAGAGCGACGCCGCCAAACCCCUUCUGGGCCACGAUGCUGUCAUGCAGGCUUUAGCACAGAAAGGUCUGUAUGUCACCGACCAAGAAAAAUUGGUAACAGAACGAGAUCUCCACAAGAAACCCAUACAGAUGAGUGCUCACCUGGCCAUGAUGGACACCCUCAUGAUGGCUUACACCGUGGAGAUGGUCAGUGUGGAGAAGGUGGCCGCGUGUGCUCAGCAGUACUCGGCUUUCUUCCAAGCCACAGAUCUGCCCUAUGACAUUGAGGAUGCCGUCAUGUACUGGAUAAAUAAGGUAAAUGAACAUUUGAAAGACAUAAUGGAACAAGAACAGAAAUUGAAAGACCACCACACAGUGGAAGCUUCAGGAGGUCAAAAGGCUCGUUACAGGAAAGAGCAGACGUUGCUUAAGCAACUGCCUUGCAUUCCGCUGGUCGAAAAUCUGUUGAAAGACGGCUCGGAUGGCUGUGCGUUAGCUGCCCUUAUUCAUUUUUACUGUCCUGGCGUCGUCAGAUUAGAAGAUAUUUGCUUGAAAGAAACCAUGUCUUUGGCGGAUAGCCUCUAUAAUCUGCAGCUGAUUCAAGAAUUUUGCCAAGAAUAUUUGAAUCGGUGUUGCCAUUUCACCCUGGAAGACAUGCUCUACGCCGCUUCCUCCAUAAAGAGUAACUACCUGGUGUUCAUGGCGGAGCUCUUCUGGUGGUUUGAGGUCGUGAAGCCCUCCUUCGUCCAGCCCCGCGAUGCUCGUCCGCAAGGAGCUGAACCUGUGGACGAUCUGCCCUCAGUUCCUGUCUUAACUGCUGACCAGAGAAACGCCUUGGACAGCUCUGACUUCACCCCAAGUGGGGAAGGAGCUGCGCUUACACACUCUCGUCCUCAUUUGCCUUCUAGACACUCACGUCCCCAAGCUCAUCCUUCAGCCUCAGGAGGAAUAAGAAGGUCUUCAUCUAUGUCCUAUGUUGACGGCUUCAUAGGGACAUGGCCCAAGGAGAAAAGAUCAUCAGUGCAUGGCGUUUCAUUUGACAUUUCUUUUGAUAAAGAAAGUAGUUUACAGAGAUCCGCUCCAAACCAAGGAAUCACUCGGUCCAUUAGUAAUGAAGGACUCACUCUGAACAACAGCCGUGUAUCCAAGAACAUCAGGAAAAAUCUGUCCUUCAAGCCAGUAAAUGGGGAGGAGGGAGCAGGAAGCAUUGAAGAGGAACUUCACGUGGGCUCUCAGGGCCACCUGACGGCCUACGUGCCCCUGAACACAAACGAACUAGGAUCUAAGCAGAACGUGCAUCCCAGGCUUCCGAAUGGAGCUCUGCAGAACAGAGUGCUCUUUGAUGAGUUCGGCAGUCAGGUCGGGACCCCCAGCAUCGAAGAAGCCUUACAGAUAAUCCACGACACCGAGAAGCCUGCCCACACCCCUCGGCCGGACCAGCUUGCCAACGGCUUCUUCCUCCACAGCCAGGAGAUGGGCGUCCUGAACUCCAGCCUCCCGCGCAGCCAGUCCAGUCCCGAGAGCAUGGUGGACACGAAAGGUGGCUCGAGCCCCGUCACUGACAACACGGAGGUGGACACGGGGAUCCACGUCCCUUCAGAGGACAUUCCGGAAACUCUGGAUGAAGACUCUUCCCUGAGAGACUACACCGUGAGUCUGGACUCUGACGUGGACGACACGUCCAAAUUCCUCCAGGACUACAACCCCAGAGAUGCCUUGAGUCCCUGUCCCAGCACCGUCAGCACCAAGUCCCAGCCCGGUAGCAGCGCCUCCUCCAGUUCCGGCGUGAAGAUGACCAGCUUUGCCGAACAGAAAUUCAGGAAGCUGAAUCACACCGACGGAAAAAGCAGCGGCAGCAGUUCUCAGAAGACCACGCCAGAGGGCUCGGAGCUCAACAUCCCUCACGUGGUGGCCUGGGCACAGACCCCAGAGGACACGGGCCUUCCGCACGGCCGGGACACCACGCAGCUGCUGGCCUCCGAGGUGGUACAUCUCAGGAUGAAGCUGGAGGAGAAACGGCGGGCCAUCGAGGCCCAGAAGAAGAAGAUGGAGGCCGCGUUCACCAAGCAGAGGCAGAAGAUGGGACGGACGGCCUUUCUCACCGUGGUGAAAAGGAAAGGGGACGGCCCCUCCCCGGCCCGGGAAGAGGCGGCCGGCGCGGAGGACGGGAAAGUGUACACGGAGCGGCCGCCGGAGAAGGAGGCGCACAAGGUGAACGGGCCGAGGAGCGGGUCCCCGGUGGACCCCAAGGAGGGCGCGGAGAGCCCCGUGGGCAGGUGGCCGCCGUCCCCGAGCGCGCCCGGCGACCCCGAGGGGCCGUGGAGCCCGGCCGGCCCCGCGGAGGAGCCGCCGCAGGACGGCGAGCUGCUGGAGCACACGCGCUCCAUCGAGAGGCUCAACGCCUCCCUGCUCGUCCUGCAGCGGGAGAUGCAGCGCCUGGCGCUGCAGCAGGAGCUGCUGAUGCACAUGCGCGAGCAGCAGGCCUGGGUCAUCUCCCCGCCCCCGCCCUCUCCCCACCGGCAGGCCCGCACAGGGAAGCCCCACCGGCCGCCGGCCGAAGCCCCCCGCCCCGCCCACCCGUCUCCGCAGCCCGCUGCCAGGAAGAGCACCUCCUUCUCCGUGAAAACUCAGAGGACUCCCAGGCCAAAUGAAUUAAAACUCACGCCCUUGCACCGAACGCUGACGCCCCCUCGGUCUGUGGACAGCCUCCCUCGGCUCAGGAGGUUCUCCCCGAGUCAGGUCCCCAUUCAGACCAGGUCCUUCGUGUGCUUGGGGGGCGGCGGAGAGCCGGAAGCGAAGGAGUCCGGACGCGAGGAGGGGGAGGAGGAGGGGGAGGGGUCCACGGGCCCUCGGGAGCAGCGUGGACACAUCCCGGAGGACGAGGAGGCGCGGGCCCUGCCCCCUGUGGCUCCCGAGGGCCUGGCGCAGCCCGCCACGGAGACCGCGUGGCCCACCCGGAGUGAGGACUGCGUGAGUCAACCUGCAGAGCCUCCUUGCAGACCUGCUUUCCCACCUGCUGCUCCUAAAAGUGCCAAUCUGAUUGAAGUCUCCCUCUCAGAUUUGAAAGCCCCUGAAAAGGCUGAUGUAUCUGUUGAAAAAUAUGACGGAGAAAGUGAUAAAGAACAAGUUGAUGAUGACCAGAAAGUAUGCUGUGGAUUCUUCUUUAAGGAUGAUCAAAAAGCAGAAAAUGAUAUGGCAAUGAAACGGGCAGCUUUGUUGGAGAAACGAUUAAGAAGGGAGAAAGAGACCCAGCUGCGGAAGCAACAGCUGGAAGCUGAGAUGGAGCACAAGAAAGAGGAGACCAGGCGUAAAACCGAGGAAGAACGUCAGAAGAAGGAAGAUGAGCGAGCCCGCCGGGAGUUCAUCCGGCAGGAGUACCUGAGGCGCAAGCAGCUGAAGCUGAUGGAAGACAUGGACACAGUCAUCAAGCCUCGGCCUCAGGGAGCAAAGCAGAAAAAGCAGCGGCCGAAGUCUAUCCACAGAGACCACAUUGAAUCCCCCAAAACACCUAUAAAAGGUCCUCCAGUCUCUAGCCUUUCUUUGGCGUCACUGAACACAGGCGACAGCGAGAGUGUGCAUUCAGGCAGGAGGACCCCGAGAUCAGAGUCUGUAGAAGGCUUCUUAUCUCCAAGCCGCUGUGGCAGUAGAAAUGGCGAAAAGGACUGGGAGAACGCUUCGACCACUUCUUCUGUGGCUUCUGGAACAGAGUACACAGGACCAAAGCUCUUCAAAGAACCCAGUGCAAAAUCCAAUAAGCACAUAAUACAAAAUGCUUUAGCUCAUUGCUGUUUGGCUGGAAAAGUAAAUGAAGGUCAGAAGAAAAAAAUACUGGAGCAAAGCCACUGUGGAACCUCAGCUCCUGGUGUAUUUUAUUCUGCUUCGCCCCAGUCUGUGACUUGAGGUGGCUGAAUCCUCGCCUUCCUUCAGGAGCACCUGCUGGGGUGCAAAGCAUCGCAGGCUGAAGACGCACAGGAUGGCGUGUGUUGUUGACAGUUACACUCGGCUGCAGUGGUUCGUUCUUCGGGGUGUGCACGUCGAUGUGAGAAAGGAAACGUGGCUCUCAGCCCCGACCAAACAGAAAUCGUCCCCUUUCACAUCGCCUGAGGACUUAAAAGGUUCUCUGAUUCGCUCUCUGUGGAGACGCGGGCAUUGACAUCUCCAUUUUACAGACGAGGGUGAUGAGGCCUUGGAAGGUUAGUGACUGUCAGGGACACAAAGCUAAGAAGUGACAGUGUCCCAGCAGGCGUGUCAGCCUGCGGAUUUCAGAUCCCCUCCCCGCCCGGGCCACGCGGGGCAGCAUUUCCCGUGGCCGUAGGUGCUGUGGCAUGAAAAGACACGGAGUCUGACAGUUGCAAAAGGCGGUCACGCAUUCACCAGCGGUGGGAAACAGCCCUUAGGAUUGGGGUGGGCUUCCCUCUGGUGCCCAGUUCUCUAAACAACAUCCACACAGCAGCAGCAGCUAAAACCAGGCUGGUGUGUUCCCGUGGCCUUGAACACCUAGAUCCACAAGGAUGGGAAGAUGGAGAGCUUGCGAGUGUACUGGAGAUCAACGAAGCCUGCCAACAGGUGGACUACACGUAUCGAGGAGAGUCGUCGGAUGCGAGGGUCACCACGGUAGGGUCCCUUCCAUCAGGGAACUCGACUGCCUUCAGGCAGACGCACUCAGGCCUUGAAAACAGCUGGUGGAGUCUCUGCUGUGAUGGGGGCAAGUGAGUCCUUUUCUCCUUAACGGGCAACAAGUUCAGUCUCAUGAAAGCCGGUUUUGUAAGAAACAUAAGACGGUCCUACAGUAUCAGCUGGUAGGACGCACGUGCAACGUGGACUCAGACCUGAAUUUUGAGUCGCCGUAAGGGCCUACUUUUACGACCACAGCACUUUAGCAAGGUAGCGGCUUGUAAACUGCACCCUCUUGCCUUGGGGCCAGAGGCAGCCACUGUGUUGUCCGUCCCACGUCCCACAGGGUGUGAAGGCGGCGGAGCGCGGGGUCCCGGGGGAGCGCACAGCUGUGUCUGCGGAUAUUGGAAGUCUGUGCUUGCAUCCCUGACCCUGCGAUCCGUGUGUAAACAUAACAGUGCUGAGUCAGUAUUCACCAGAUGAGUCAGUGGAGGCCCAGAAUUG